AUGGGAGCCCUGACUCGAGAAACUUGUGACCCCUUAGGCGGAGUGUUGCGCCGGUCGGACAGAAACGCGACGACGCCGGACGAAGACGGAACCGUGAAAACCGGGAACGCGACGACGACGACGACGACGACGACGAACGCGAAAGAGGAACUGGGCGGGCCGAGGCGAUCCCGGGAGCGAGACAAAGACGAGGACAAGGACAAACUACGAGAAGAGGCCGAUAGUUGGCUGGAGAGGACUCUCACGAUGACGAUGGUCCCGAUGGAGCGGACGUCCCUCGCCAUCUGGCCCUUCCAAAACACUUUCCUCGAGCGAGUCCAAAAUUUCCUGUCGAACAUGUUCGACUUUCAGUAUCACGCCAGGGACACCCUCAGUUACCUCAACACGAUGUUUGUUACGCGUGACUCGACCUUGCGCCGAAACGAAGCCGCGGAGGAGGGGGAAGAAGAAGACGAAGACGAAGGGGAUGAUGAACCGAAGAAUUUCCCCUUGGGGGUUUCUCCCCAACUCUCGCUUUCUUUCUUCUCCCAGUCCGCGACCGCGACGGGACAGUGUCGGGCCUUCGCCAUGCCGUUCUCCCGCUUCGCUCUUUCCUUCCUCCUCUUCUUCCCGCCUUUCGCGGCCGGAGAGUGUGGAUGGACCGCAACAGAGGUCUACGUGGGAAAAGAAGAGAAGAAAAGCAUUUCCUACUGGAGCGACCAUGGAACAGGUACCAAUCAAUUUCUGGAGAACUUCAAUAAAAUCCUGGAUCUGGCAACAAGAACUACGACCCAGGCCACAGAGGAUGAAGAAGACCUGCCUGGUCCGCCACCCUCAAAGGAUCAAGAGCAUCAAACAGAUCAAGGGCAUGGAAUCGAAGAUGAAGUAAAAAAGAUGACCGGAGAUGAAAAAUCCACAGGUGAGUCCUUGAAGGGUGAGAACGAAGGUCAUGAAGAGGAUCCCAUGACAGGAGGAGACUCCUUGACGAAAGAUGAGGAUCCAUUUGAUUCAGAGACAGAACAAGAGGUGCAUGAUAACAAUACUAGCAUGAAAGAAGGAGACCAUCAAGGGAUUCCUACUGAAGAGCAGAAAGAACAUGAAAUAGAUUCUCCACUGACUUCAACACAGGGAGAGGAAGAACCUGCUUCUGAGCUAGAGAUGCCAGAUACAGAACAUGAAGGUGAUUCUCAGAUGAAGCUGGAAGAAGAUGCUUCAAACAUGAAAGAGGAGGAGGAUGCUAAACAUACUGCAGAAGAACAGGAAGAACAGCACAGUUCCAUGGUAGAACAUGGUGAUUCUCCAGUGAAACUGAUACAGGAAGAAGAGAAAGAAAGUGCUUCUAUGAUGGAGGAAGAAGAAAAGGAAAGCCCUUUUAAGACUGGGGAAAUACAAGAAACCAUGAAGGAACAAGAAGGGGAACGUGACUCCAUGAUAGAGGCAGAAGACACUGGUUCGCCACCAGAACAAAAUCAAGGACAAGAAAAUGGCUUUAAGGUGGAAGGAGAAUCAGGUCCUCCCAUGAUAGAGGAGGGAGACACAAAGGAGAACAAGGAGGAACAAGAGACCAUCAUGACUGCACAAGAUAUGGAUUCUGUUAUGAAGGGUGAAAUGCCUUCAGGUGCAUUGACAGAAGAGCCAAAAGAUGAUGACAACUUGGGAAAUUCUGGAGAGACAGAAGUCACACAGGGAGAUGAAAAGGAAAGUGAAUCAGAGGUAGCCAAUGCAGAAGAAUUCCUGAUGGAGGAAGAUGCUACCAAGGACACAAUGGAACUGCUGGAAAACUCCCCACAUGGGCAUGAUCCCAUGGCAGAACAAGAACAAAUCAUAGAUAUGGACAAAAUGGAUCCCCAGGAACAAAUUUCAGGAAUGGCAGAACCAGAGGAUCCAAAAAUGGAAGAACCUGAAGCAAUGCAGACUGGUGGAAUGGAGAUAGAUCAGGAGCAAUCCAAGCUACAUCAACAGGCCCAUGAAAAUGAGAAAGAAAAAGUUGGGGAAUCUGACUUGGAUAGGGAAGAGGGGGAAAUGGACACUGGAAACUCUGCAGUGACAGAAGAUGAGGGAAAACAUGAUCUGCCCAUGGAGCCAGGAGAGAAAGACACACAAGAGCACAAAAAACAAAACAUACAGUCAAAUGAAAAUGGAGCCAAACAAGACCAUCAUGAGGAACUGUUUGAAGUGACUCCAGAGAAAGUGACAGACAAGCAAGAAAUACAGAUGGAAGAGGAAAUUGUUAAACCACAGGAGAGUGUAGAAGCAAUGAAGGAGAGUGAAACAGAAAAAGAAAAGGAGCCUAUGGUAGAAACUGGUGAAGGUGAAACCAUGAAGGGCUCAAAUGAAAAUGUGGCAAAGGGAUCAGAACCAGAUAAAGAUUCAGGAAGCAUCAAAGAGGAAGAGGAAAGUGAAACAAUGAAGGAACACAUGGAUGGACAGAAACAAGAAAACACAAAGAAAGAAGAUAUCAAACAAGAAAACACCAAUGAGGAAGGUAACAUGGAGGUAGAAGAGGAAGGUGCUGGCAUUGAAAAGGGUGAUAUUCCAGAAGAAAUACCUGAAAUACAUGAAGAGACCAACCCUCAAGAACUCCCAGAGGCAGAGGCAGAGGCAGAGGCAGAGGCAGAGGCAGAGGCAGAGGCAGAGGCAGAGGCAGAGGCAGAGGCAGAGGCAGAGGCAGAGGCAGAGGCAGAGGCAGAGGCAGAGGCAGAGAAGCAUGAGGAGAGUCAAGAUGCAAAAGACACACACGUAGAGACAGAACCCAAAGCGACAGAUGGGAAAGAUGAAGAAGCUCAUUCCAGCAUGCCAGAGGAGACAGAUCCUAAAAAUACACAGAUAAAUGAGGACAAGAGUGAUAAAGAUAUGGACAUAAAGGAAAAUGACCGUCUCUUGAAGGACACACCUGAAUCCACACAGGACCAAGAAGUACCCACAGAAACCAGUGACACCAAGGAACAGGACAUGGCUAACCUUAAGCAAGAAAAUGAAAAGGUGGACACAGAUACAAGGGAGACAAGGCAAGACAACAAACCUGAUGGCAUGGUGACAGCUGAUGAAGUUCUCUCUGGUAUACAUGACAUUGUGGUUCCCCCUGUUGAAUCUAGGAGAUUCAAGAGAGAGACCGUUCCAGAAGAGAAGCAGAUUGGAACCAACUACAGAGGAGUAGAUGAGGUUGGUAGUGGUUUCAAUCAAAUAGUGUCUUCCUCACAGAAGCCACCAUCAAGUACCACUGAAUUUGAUUAUUGGGAGUAUUUCUCUAGAAUCUACAGCCUCACUACAAAAAAACCAAUUUUUGGGAAUCAAGACCCAUUCCAGAUCAUCACACCCCCACAACUGGGAACAAGUACUAAGGGAUCUGGAAAUGUAGAGUCUGCAGUUAUUGUCCAAGGGUCUCAUGAUCCUCAGCCAGUCUAUGGUGGAAACAAAUCUGGAGAGAAAGACAUUUUGGAUUAUGAUUAUUCCUUGUAUCCCUUUCAAAAAGGAGAUGAGAAUCUGGGCAGCGUCCAAGUGUCCUCUGGGUACUCAGCACAUGAUGGAGCUAGCAUCUCUGUGUCAAGUCAUGUCAAUGUGUUUCACCAUGAUCCAGAACCACCAGUCAUGACCACACCAAAAAAUGACUUUCACUCAGAUGCCUCAACAACAGAAGAAACCAUAAAUAUAGCAACAGUCCUUUUCACAGCACAAAAAAGCCAGGUAAAAGAGGUUGAAUUGAAGAAAGGAGGAGACACAACUAAGGAAAACAUGAACAAAGAAGGGAAUAUGGAUAUGGAUGAGGUAGAAACCAACACAAGAACCUCUCCAAUCCUGAUGAUUUCAACACCCAUCUCAAAAGCUGAUAUGCAAGAGAUAAUUUUCUCAACAACCAAUGAACAGGAGACAAGUACAAGCAGUUGGGCUUCAACAGAAUGGUGGAUGGCUGAAGAAACUAGUAUUCCAUCAUUCAAGGGAACCACAACAAAGCCCCCAUAUACUACAGACAACUCACUCAAAUUAAGCACUCUUGAGACCCUCAGUACUACUGAAAGUAAAAUUAUCAAGAUGCCCAGUACUACAGAAAAUGAAGACAUUGGGAUGCCCAGUACUACUGAAAGCAACCACAUUGGAAUGUCCAGUACUACUGAAAACCAAGACAUCAGAAUGCCAGGAGAAGAAACCACACAGACAGACAUGAUGUAUGACACAGAAUUCACAACAGUAACAGAAGAACCAGAAUACAAGACUACUCUGCACAAACUCCAUACAGCAGGAGGAUCUGAAUGGGGCACAGGUGAUGGUUUUUAUCCAUAUGACUCUGGUCAAGUCACUCAAUAUGGAGAGGGAAACAAGGGGUAUGGUGAAAUACGUCUCCCUCCUAAUCAUAUGUUCAUCACUGACAAAGAAUACGUCCCAGAAGGGGCACAUCCUCAAUAUGGGAACAAGCACAAAUACUACCAUCAUACAAAUGGAGAACAAGACUACGAUCCAGAGGAGUAUGAUUACUCUGGAUAUUAUGCAUCAGCUCCAAGUGAUCAAAAUUAUGGCUAUUACCAAAACACAGACACAGAUGUGACAGGAACUGGAAAUGCAGAUGAAGAGGUCUCCUAUCCCUCAGGUUGGAAGCCAUCAUACAACAAUCCAUACUAUUCAUAUCCAAUCCCCUAUCAGCUCCAGACGUCGAGUUCUACACCCGAACCACCAACUUUCCAGAAUGUGGGUCCAACAACAUACAAACCAAAGCCAACUCCCCAGGUGGCACCAGUUAACUUUGGCAAUACAAUCUUCAGUCAACCCAUUGUACAAGAAGGACCUUCUGGAUAUUCAUCAACAAACCCAAGCUAUCCUAAAGUAGUGGUCUAUACCCCAAGUGGAGCUCAGGAGAAACGGACUGACUCCUCUCGCCGAAUGUUUGAAGGAGAUAAGUUCCUCCACUUUAUAUCUUCACAACCUGUGGAAUGGCAAGAAGCUUUCCUCAAUGGAUUUCAGCUUCAAAACCCUCGAAGGAAACGAGAUUCAUCAACAACCUGCAAAUGGAACAUCAAGACGGAGCCUGACCUCUACUUGCUAGUCACAUUCCGUAAUAUUAGUGCCCCAUAUUCAGUGGAUUGUGAGGGUGCAUACAUUGAAGUCGAGAGGGAGAAUAAUGGAUACCAAGCCAGAUGGUGUGGCACUAACCUUGACCCAGAGGGUGAAUCCAGUGGCACCACCAUGAGUAGUAGGGCCAACAUCAUCUUUGCCAAGAAAGAGGUUCAACUAACAGUAUACCACGAGGAUGAGAAGACACGUGGGAUACCAACUGGUUUCCAGGCUGACAUUGAAGUGAUUGAUCUACUAGAUUCAGGAGAAUAUGCACAGUUUCGUCAAUCAUUAGCAUACAGCAAAGUUCGCCGUCUGCUAGGCUGA